AUGUCUGAGGUCAAGAUAGACACCGACAGCGCGUUCGACGUGCAAACACCAUUGCUCGAGAAGAAAAAGAUGGUCGUAGGAGUACCGCCGGUGUUUGAGAGCCUCACGAAGCAGCUCGACAAGAUUGUAGAGCAGCCACUACUCGGCCCGAAGACCAAGUUCCCCGCAGCUACGUUUGCGUUUGCGCGUAAAGAUGUGUCAGGCAGGCGGUUACCACAGGCUAUUGCCCACCGAGGGUACAUGGCCAAGCACCCCGAGAACACUAUGGCCUCGUUAAGAGGAGCGGUCGAAGCAGGCGCAGAUGCUCUUGAGACAGACAUACAUCUGACGAAAGACGGUGUAGUCGUAUUGUCCCACGAUAGGAACUUGAGAAGAUGCUUUGGGAGGCCGGAAAAAGUUAUAGAUUGCGACUAUGAGUUUAUAAGUAAGCUGAGAACGUUGCAAGCACCACACGAGCCGAUGCCUCGUCUUAUGGACUUGCUCGAGUAUCUUGCGCAGCCUGGAUUGGAAGACAUCUGGGUUUUGCUCGAUAUCAAGCUCGACAACAACGCUGACGAUGUGAUGCGCUUGAUUGGUGAAACAAUCAACAGCGUGCCGGCUUCUCCGUCAAGACCGUGGCAUAAACGUAUUGUCCUUGGGUGCUGGGCAGCCAAAUUUCUUCCACUAUGUUCGCGGUAUCUGCCCGGCUUCUCCAUCUCGCAUAUUGGCUUCUCAACACUCAUUGCGUCACAUUUCUUCAGUGUACCGAAUGUCUCGUCCAACAUGGCCCAGGCCAUUCUCAUGACGCCAUGGGGCAGGAUGUUUAUACGGCGAGCUCAGAGCGACGGUCGGCCCGUGGAAAUAAUAACACUGCAGGCGGGCCAGUGCGGCAACAGCGUUGGGCAGCAGUUCUGGCAGCAGCUGUGUCAAGAACACGGUAUCAAUCGCGACGGCAACCUCGAGGACUUCGCGACCGAGGGCGGUGACCGCAAAGACGUAUUCUUCUACCAGUCAGACGACACCCGCUAUAUUCCCCGCGCCAUUCUUUUAGAUCUCGAGCCCAGAGUCCUCCACUCGAUCCAGUCGAGCGCCUACAAGAACAUCUACAACCCCGAAAACUUCUACAUACACAAGGAUGGCACCGGCGCCGGUAACAACUGGGGCAUGGGCUACAGCAUGGGCGAGCAGGUCCACGAGGAUAUCCUCGACAUGAUUGAUCGCGAGGCAGACGGCUCCGACUCGCUUGAGGGCUUCAUGAUGCUGCACUCCAUCGCGGGCGGUACUGGAUCAGGUCUCGGCUCCUACAUGCUCGAACGGCUCAACGACCGAUUCCCCAAGAAGCUCAUCCAGACAUACAGUGUCUUCCCCAACACACAGGACGGCGACAUAGUGGUCCAGCCAUACAACAGUCUGCUGAGCAUGAGAAGAUUGACGCAGAACGCAGACUCCGUGGUUGUCCUUGACAACGGAGCGUUGACUAGGAUUGCUGCAGACCGACUGCACGUUAUGAACCCGUCGUUCGAGCAGACCAACCAGCUGGUGUCUACCGUCAUGUCCGCCAGUACCACGACUCUUCGCUACCCCGGAUACAUGCACAACGAUCUCGUUGGCAUCGUCGCAUCGCUCAUUCCCACACCGCGCUGUCACUUCCUCAUGACUUCAUACACUCCCUUCUCCGGCGAGAAUGUAGAGCAGGCCAAGACGGUUCGCAAGACAACCGUCUUGGACGUCAUGAGACGACUGUUACAACCCAAGAACCGCAUGGUCUCCACCAACCCCACCAAGAAGAGCUGCUACAUGUCCAUUCUGAACAUUAUCCAGGGAGAAGCAGAUCCAUCAGAUGUACACAAAUCGCUUAUGCGCAUUCGCGAACGACGUCUCGCUACCUUUAUACCAUGGGGCCCCGCCUCCAUCCAAGUCGCAUUGACCAAGAAGUCGCCCUACGUGACCUCUUCGCACCGCGUCUCCGGACUCAUGCUCGCAAAUCACACGGGUAUCGCUACGCUCUUCAAGCGCAUAGUCGCACAAUACUCCACGCUCCGUAAACGCAACGCGUUCCUUGAAAGCUACAAGCGUGAAGUGCCCUUCAAAGAUGGUCUCGGCGAGUUCGACGAGGCUAAGGAAGUCGUGCAAGGUCUGAUUGCUGAAUAUGAGGAGGCCGAAGAUGCCGACUAUUUGACCAAAGAGACGGCGCCGCCUGCGGAUGAGGAAGCUGACAAGAGAGUCGGCUAG